AUGGCUGGUUUUGCCCCCAUAGCCGCAACCACCAUUAUUCCAAGCAUUGCGGCAAUCCCCGAUGUAUCCAGCCUGCCCGCGUGCGGCCAAACCUGCUUUGGCAAUAUAUUUGCGCAGUACUCGGGCUUCGGCUGCGCCAGCCCCCAGGAUUCGUACUGCUUUUGCAACAAAGCCAAUUUUAGCAACGGCUUGCGCAAUUGCUCCAACGGCGCCUGCGGGUCCGACGCCGCGGCGGCCAGCAGCGCCAUCGCCUUUGGCAGCGCAUACUGCGCCAACGCGUUUGCCACGCAUACGGCCACGGGGCUGGCCGCCCUGCCGUCGUGCGGGCAAACGUGUUUCAACAACAUGGUCGCGCAAUAUUCGGCGCUGAGGUGCGCCAGCUCCGUGCUGCCUUUGUAAGAGUGCAAACUUUGGGUUCGGGCUGCGUGACUGCGCCAACGGGGCGUGCGGCACGGCGGUGGCGCCGACGGUCAUUGCGUAUGGGAGCUCGUACUGCGCGUCUGUUACGGCGGCUCCGUGGUUAGGG